CUUGGCCCUGGGGAAGCCCACUCCUCACUCAGGCUUUACACAUUUGACCCUGGCUCUCUCCCAGGAGGACCCCUCGCUGGAGAGGCAUUUUAAGGGCCACCGAGAUGCAGUUACCUGUGUGGACUUCAGUCUCAAUACGAAGCAGCUGGCCAGUGGCUCCAUGGACUCGUGCCUCAUGGUCUGGCACAUGAAGCCCCAGUCACGUGCCUAUCGCUUCACGGGCCACAAGGAUGCCGUCACCUGUGUGAACUUCUCCCCCUCGGGACACUUGCUUGCCUCAGGCUCCCGUGACAAGACUGUCCGCAUCUGGGUACCCAAUGUCAAAGGUGAGUCAACCAUGUUUCGUGCACACACGGCCACAGUGAGGAGUGUCCACUUCUGCAGUGAUGGCCAGUCCCUUGUGACGGCCUCUGAUGACAAGACAGUCAAGGUGUGGUCAACUCAUCGCCAGAAAUUCCUGUUCUCCCUGAGCCAGCACAUCAACUGGGUCCGCUGUGCCAAGUUCUCCCCUGAUGGGCGGCUCAUCGUGUCUGCCGGUGAUGACAAGACUGUCAAGCUGUGGGAUAGGACCAGCCGCGAGUGUGUCCAUUCAUACUGCGAGCAUGGCAGCUUUGUCACCUACGUGGACUUUCACCCCAGUGGUACAUGCAUUGCUGCUGCUGGCAUGGACAACACAGUGAAGGUGUGGGACGUGCGGACUCACCGGCUGUUGCAGCAUUAUCAGCUGCACAGCGCAGCAGUGAACGCCCUCUCCUUUCACCCGUCUGGAAACUACCUGAUCACAGCUUCCAGUGACUCAACCCUGAAGAUCCUGGACCUGAUGGAGGGCCGGCUGCUGUACACGCUCCACGGGCAUCAGGGACCAGCCACCACCGUUGCCUUUUCAAGGACGGGGGAGUAUUUUGCUUCUGGAGGCGCUGAUGAACAG